AUGGCUUCUUAUACUGCUGAACAAGCAGAGGCCCUCCUUAAGCCGCAAUUUGAUAAAUACGCAAAAUUCAUCGACGAUGAGGUGUGGGCGGAGGUAGAAGGGUAUUAUCAUCCAAACGGAGUUCUGGUUCAUAAGGAUAAGGAAGCGGUUUAUGGAAAUAAAGACAUAUCCUCCUACAUUGCAAAGUUUGCGGAAGGAACCGGAAAAUCGGUGGGAACUACUACAAACGCCAAGUACGAAGGAACCGGUGACUUCCUCAUUAUCACUGCCGACUUUUCUUCUGAAACUGAAAAAGCUGGGACUGUUAAGGGAAAGUUUGUGCAGAUUUGGAAAAAAGAAGGAGACAGACACUUGAUUUUCCAUGAUGAGUUCGAGAUUUCUUCAUAA